GAAUUGGCCAACAGGUCGGUGUAAGGCGCGCUCUGCGAGGAGCAAAUCCGGUCUCAGCCAUUGGCCAACACAACACAUACACAUCACACGAUUAUUGUUUCGUAUUCUUCCUCAUUAUUCUUUCUUUCUUCUUCUCCAUAACUCUGCUCUUCUUCACUGCUGAGAUCGAUCAGAGAAACAACAAGUAAAAUGGCCUUGGAAGUGUGUGUGAAGGCUGCAGUUGGUGCUCCUAAUGCCCUUGGAGAUUGCCCUUUCAGCCAAAGGGUUCUUCUAACUCUAGAGGAGAAGAAAAUUCCCUACCAGAUGCACUUGAUCAACGUCAGCGACAAGCCUCAAUGGUUUUUGGAGGCAAAUCCAGAGGGGAAGGUUCCGGUACUUAAGUCUGACGACAAAUGGAUUCCCGACUCCGAUGUCAUCACCCAGAUUAUCGAGGAGAAGUUUCCCGACCCUCCUCUCUCUACUCCCUCUGAAUACGCCUCCGUGGGAUCUAAAAUAUUUCCUUCCUUUGUUAAGUUCUUAAAGAGCAAGGACCCCAGUGAUGGCUCGGAGCAAGAACUGCUGGAUGCUCUGCGUGCAUUAGAUGAUCAUCUUAAAGCACAUGGCCCUUACGUCAAUGGAGAGAAGAUUUCUGCUGUUGAUCUGAGCUUGGCACCCAAACUGUACCAUCUCGAGAUUGCACUUGGCCAUUUCAAAAGCUGGACCAUUCCAGAGGAUCUGCAAAAUGUCAAAGAGUACAUUAAGUUACUUUUCUCUCGAGAGUCAUUCAUAAAGACCAAGGCUGCAAAGGAGUAUGUAAUUGCAGGGUGGGCACCAAAGGUUAAUGCAUGAGGGUUCUUACAAGUCCAUGUAUUUGAACUUGUGACAUGAAUGGUAGUCUAUUCAUCUAUUCAUCUUGUGUUACUUUCAUGAUGUUGGAACUAGAAAGGGACUUUAGGUCCCUGCUUUAAUUUGCAAUCUAUUUGCUAUUACUAGGAAUAAAUUGUUUAGUCUAUCAUGCAUCUAUAGAACUUUUCUUUCUCAUUCUCA